AUGCCACCAAAUUCCAUUGAAGGCAAGCAUUUGGCACCCCCAACUGAAGGUCUUCAAAGAACCAUUUCUGAUGUUUCAUAUGAAGUUGGAAGGAUCAGUAAGGAGAUAGGUCUCAUUUCCAUUGAUGAGGUUGAGAGAGCUGAGUGUGAAUGCUGUGGUCUAUGUGAGGACUACACACCAGCUUACAUAGGCCAUGUUAGGGAUUUCCAUUGUGGAAAAUGGGUUUGUGGGCUUUGCUCUGAGGCUGUGAAAGAGCAAAUGCACAAGUCCUCAAGAGAGGAUAUUGAGCAGGCUGUAGGGACACACAUGGCCCUCUGCAGGAGCUUCAAAGUGAACCCCUCUAUCUCUCUAGCAAGAUCCAUGAGAGAGAUUGUCCUGAGAAGGAUGAGAGCGAGGGAAGCGGGCGGUGACCCAAACGGUUAUUUUGGGCCUUCGAGGAAUGGGAUCGCACGGAGUAGGAGCUGCGUCCCAAGGAUUGACAUUUUGAGGGAUAGUUACAGUCGUGAAGAAACAAAUUUAUGA